AAUCUGGUGCCUGAGUUUUUUGUUGCAUCACCAUUGAAUUAGGUCUUUUCUCAAACAACAAAAGCGGGGGUCGGUUCAUUUGAACACUGUUCCGUUUCUUUUCUCGCGGGUAAGCCGCGCGCGUCAUCAUGCUCUCACGUGCGCAGCCGAAGAUGGUACAGGUUUCGAACAAAUAACAAGCUUCGUUCAAACACUUGAACUGAUCCAGAGUGCCUGAAGCUCAAAAUUUUCUCCUUUUCAUCUUCAUCACCGUGCGUGGGUAGCGAUGCCACCAGCGACAGGAGGGCCGGUGGGGUACACGCCUCCGGAAGGCGGCUGGGGAUGGGCGGUGGUCGUAGGAGCCUUCAUCAGCAUUGGGUUUUCCUAUGCCUUCCCUAAGUCGAUCACAGUCUUCUUCAAAGAGAUCGAGGUCAUCUUCAAUGCCACCAGCAGUCAGGUGUCAUGGAUAUCUUCAAUCAUGCUGGCUGUUAUGUAUGCAGGAGGACCAAUCAGCAGUAUUUUGGUGAAUAAGUAUGGUAGUCGGCCAAUAAUGAUUGCUGGCGGCUGUCUGUCUGGAACAGGAUUGGUUGCCGCAUCGUUCUGCAACUCCGUAGAGGGUCUUUACUUCUGUGUCGGAGUUAUAGGCGGUCUGGGUUUGGCUUUCAAUCUGAACCCGGCAUUGACCAUGAUUGGAAAAUACUUCUACAAGCGGCGACCAAUAGCCAAUGGCAUCGCGAUGGCGGGCAGCCCGGUGUUCUUGUCCACAUUGGCGCCACUGAACAGCUGGCUGUUUGAUCAGUUUGGCUGGAGGGGCAGUUUUCUCAUCCUGGGCGGAGCUUUGCUGAACUGCUGCGUAGCAGGAUCCUUAAUGCGCCCCAUUGGACCCAAACCACAACCUGUCAGUUCUACAAACGAUAGGGGAGAGAAAAAAACUGUCAUGCAAACCAUAAAUAGCUUCCUGGAUCUGACCUUGUUCACUCACAGGGGCUUCCUGCUGUACCUGCUCGGAAACAGCAUCAUGUUCUUCGGCCUCUUCGCGCCACUCGUCUUCCUAAGCAACUAUGCAAAGAGUAAAGAUAUAGCCAAGGACAAAGCAGCAUUCCUGUUGUCUAUCCUAGCCUUCACUGACAUGAUCGCUCGGCCAUCCAUGGGCCUAGUGGCCAACACUCGCUGGGUCCGCCCACGCAUACAGUACUUCUUUGCCGCGUCCGUGAUGUAUAACGCCAUCUGCCACCUGAUGGUGCCGUUCACAACCGAUUAUAUGGGCUUUGCCAUUUAUGCCGUGUUUUUCGGCGUGGCAUUCGGCUGGCUCAGUUCUGUGUUGUUCGAGACCCUGAUGGAUCUCGUUGGUGCACAGAGAUUCUCCAGCGCCGUUGGCUUGGUCACUAUUGUUGAAUGCGGGCCUGUGUUGCUGGGACCUCCUUUGCUGGGAAGACUAAAUGAUAUCCACCAUGAUUAUAAAUACACAUAUUAUGCAUGUGGAAUCGUCCUGGCGAUAGCCAGUCUGUUCCUGUUUGUGGGAAUGGGAAUCAACUACAGACUAGUGGCGAAAGAGAAGAAGGAGGAGGAACGAAAAGCCAAGCUAGAAGACCGAGAAGAAGAGACAAAUCUAGACAAUGACUUGAACGAGAAGGCGAAGGCGGCCGACAGAGAGGCGUCUGAAGCGUGAGCCUUCAUUCCCGAAAAGUAUACAGACGCUAUAACGGAUCAACAAUCCACGUCUUCCUGUUGCGACUGUCCAAAACAACAAACACAAAAUUGAGUUCCCCUUUAUCCUGUCUCCUAACAAUUCAGCCAAUGUUAAAAGCAGCACGAAGGACUUUCGGGUGCCAAGGAUUUUUCUCUAUUUUCUGCUGUCAUAGACACUCGUGUAGUCCUAUACAAACCCACACUUUAGAUGUGAUUUUUAUUGUGAUGCAUACAGGAGUUUCUCUACACGCCUUUUUCUGGUGUGUUAUAGAUAUAAUAAGCGCAUUCCUAGGUUUUAGUUUUAUAUAAUCAGACUUAUACAGUUCACCAGCCUUUAGGCAAUGCACAGACCCUGUGUCAGCACUGCCAUGUGAACCGAGCCUAGAUUCGGGAGAAGAACCCUUUUAAUGUUUUUUUUUUUUUAAGGAUAUAGGGUAAAAUGAAUUAUUGGACUCUAAAGGUCAAGUAGGAUUGUUUAAAAUUUAGUUUAGUGUUACGUGUGUGUAUUCUGCUGUUCUGAUUGGCUAGUAGAGAAUACUGCCAGGCUUUGUUUUGUCUGGAUUUCACAUACUUUAAUCAUAGAGAUUUUUGUGUAUUCUGUUAAAUACAAUCUGUUCAGGUUGCUUUUCACUCUAAAGCUCAGAACGCUGUGUGCUUUCUCACUAAUAUGAUGAUGAUGUCACGGCAAUCUCAAGCACAUCGCUUAGCAUCUCAUCACUCAACUGUGUUCCUCUGUUACCAUGGAGAUUUCACAGCAUUGUGAAACUCCUGCACUGCUCUGAGCAAGUCUCGCUUUUUGCUCUGAGCGAUUCUCAACUCAUCUACGUAGUCAAGAUGAUGUUUUCUGAAAGAAUAAAUGACACUAGGGAACACUCAAAUAGUGUCUUUCCAUUUACACCUUUGAUCAUGUUGUGACCACGCGUGUAAAAGCUAAAGGCCGCUCUGUGCCUUUAAAUGGGUGCCUUUUGAUCUACAUUCAAGUGUAUACAUGUAUUUAAGCUUAACUAUACUAACUUUUAAACCUGCUUUUUAACAAGUUUGUUUUAAAUUUCAAGAGGUCGAACUAUUAUUAAUGUGAUAUUUUGCUUUAUCCAUCAUGUUUGGGAGGAUUAAGUGUGUUACAGACAAAUUCCAGUAUGAAGCCUUCAAGUUCUGCUAUAUAGAUAAACUGCUAUACAUUAAGGGAACAGUAUGUAGGAUUGUGGCCAGAACUGAUAUUGCAAUCACAAAACUUGUGGCUAAAACUGGUAUUGCAAUCACACAACUGGUGGCCAAUACAAAAUGACAACAUAAACAUCAGUUGGGGGCUGCAACUCCACUUUUAAAAUGACAGUAUCCUGGCCAGACCACUAUUGUCAGUGAUAUAAGUAUUUGAAAUGAAAAUUAUUUCUUAAUGUCUAGUGACAUAUCAGGGCCAUUUUAUAAUUAAUUGAUAAAAAUGUAUUACAUACUGUUCCUUUAAGUAUAUGAGUUUAAUCUAUAUAGCAGAUUUUGAAUAUCAACAGUUGCUUAUUUGCACAAUGAAAGUGCUUUUUGUAUAAACAGAGAGAUUAUUCCUAAUGUUUUCCGAAUCGAUAUUAUAGCUUCAGAGCACAUUUACUGAGCUUGUGGAAAAACACACAACCCUCCUGCAGCUAUAGAUCAAGCUACAAAAAGUUUUGCAGAUUGUUGAAAUAACUUGUGUGACAGUGUUGAUUCAAGAGGGAUGCAGUUUGUCACCUUGAGGCCACUUAAAAUUAAGUGACAUGGACUGGCUCUACAUUAACAAAAGGAAGGAAACAUCACCCCCUCUUGGUUUCCUAAAAACAUUGCGAGCGACUCAGCCGCAAAUGUGACUAAAGUAAUUUUAAGUAAACAAUAUUGUGUAGUUAUUUUUAAGAUAUUAUUUUUAGUAGAUCUACAGCAGGUGCCAAUUUUAUUGCGCACUUUAAAUGAGGGUAAAAUUAAUUCAUACUCAUUCUUUUUUCAGUAGAAAUGAAUUGGACUCUGUCCUGUGGGAUUCUGGUGUGCCAGAGUUAGUAAUGGGAUCUUAGCAUGGCAAAGCUCUGACUGAGCUUCUGUUAAACGGUCAUACGAGUUCAAAUUCUGUGGAAUUUUGUCAUUGGUUUUUAGCAGGUGAUCAUUUGGAGAAAAAAACUGCUGUGCUGAGAAUAUGGGCAACCCUGAAAUUUUUUUGUCUUGUCAUGUAAUACACAAAUAAUACUAACCAAGAUUCAUUUAAAAUGUCUUUUUUUUCAAGACUUGACUGAGACAAAGAAAGAGAGGGUGGAAAAUGUUUGAGAUUGACUGACAGUGUGUUUGAGCACAAAAAUUCCAUCAAUAAUGAAAUCACGUGUGAGAUUUUGUAUGUUUUGAUGUUUUGUCUGGAUGAGCAAAUCAAUAAACCUUUUCUAAAAACGUAAA